AUGCCACUUCUACUCUUGCUAAUAACGUCCUUCCUCUCACUACUUCUUCUUUACACCAUCAUCACGAUCAGGAAGAAGUCCUCAUCGUCGUCGCUCCCAAACUGGCCUCUCUUGGGAAUGCUUCCAUCCCUCCUGUGGAACCUCUCCAACCUCCACGAUUUCGCCACCCGAAUCCUGAAAGCCCAUGGUGGAACCUUCGCCUUCAGAGGACCUUCCUUCACCAACCUCGACUUCAUCGUCACAAGCGACCCCGCCAACGUCCACCACAUCGUCACAAAAAACUUCUCCAACUACCCCAAGGGACCCGAGCUCAAGGCCAUUAUGGAGCCGUUUGGCGAAGUCAUAUUCAACACCGACGGAGAUUCAUGGAAGACGAAGAAGGACAUCAUCCUCUCCCUCAUCAAAACCGCCGGAUUCGAGCGGCUUCUCAUGACAACACUUCGACACAAGCUGGCCGACAGCCUCAUCCCGGUACUCGACCACGCCGCGAGAAAUCAUGACGAUGUUGUUCUGGACAUGCAAGAUGUGAUGAAGCGGUUCACGUUCGAUCUCACAUGUUUGCUUCUCUUGGGAAUCGACCCGGAGUGCUUGUCGACGAGUUUUCCUCGUGUUCCAUGUGCGGAGGCGUUUGAUGUGAUAGAAGAGGCGAUUGUUUACCGCCACUGCGUCCCGCCGUGGGUUUGGAAGUUGCAAAGAUGGCUUCACGUUGGGUGGGAAGGGAAGACUGUCAAAGCGGAGGAGUGCCUUAAUGCGUUUCUGGAGGAAAGGAUUAGAGUGAAGAUGGUGGAGAAACAGGCUAAGGAGAGUAGUCUUAAUGAUGAUGGUGAUGAUAAUUAUGACUUGUUGAUGAAGCUUAUAGUCGAGACAGAGCGCUUGAUGGGGGCGGCUUGUUAUAGUAGUAAGGGAGAGAAGUUUGUGAGGGAGACUGUGGUUAGCUUGAUGGUGGCCGGGAGAGACACCAUUGCUGUUGCUCUCAGUUGGUUCUUUUGGCUCGUGACGACCAACCCAGGCGUGGAGGAGAAGAUCCUCGAAGAAUUGGAUCGAGUCGUCAUUACUCAAACAGUUGGUGAAUCAGGUGAAGAACAAGGGAUCUUUUCGAGCAUAGAAGAGUUGAACAAAAUGGUGUACCUCCAUGGGGCCAUAAGCGAGACUUUGAGGUUGUACCCUUCGGUGCCAAACGAGCCGAAGCAAUCCAUGGAAGCCGACGUGCUUCCCAGCGGCCAUGCUGUCGGCAAGAACACUAGGAUUUUGGUAUCCAUUUACUCGAUGGGCAGGAUGGAAGAAGUAUGGGGUAAGGAUUGGAUGGAGUUCAAACCCGAGAGGUGGAUUUCAGAAAGAACAGAAGGGAACAACAUCAUCAAUGAUGAUGAUGUUGACAAGAAGAAGAAAUGUACCAUUCACGUGCCAUCCUACAAGUUUGCAGCGUUUCUGGCUGGGCCAAGGUCGUGCCCAGGGAGAAAAAUAGCGUUCAUGCAGUUGAAAAACAUAGCCAGCUGUGUUUUGCGCAGGUAUAAGAUUGUUGUGGUGGACGAUCAUCCCGUCCUUCCGCUGCCUUCUAUCAUGAUGUUCAUGAAAUAUGGUCUCAAGGUUAGGGUUUUGAGCAGGAAACCAGAGAAUAAGUAG